AUGAGCCAUACAGAACCUAAAAGCGCUGCGGCGCCUGAGGAUCAAGAGAAGGGCGUCAACAAUGCUCCUCCAGCUUUUGUGCCUGAGCCAAGAAAUGAUGAUGCUGUUUUGGGGGAUGAGGAAGCAGAGAUUAUUGACUACAAGACCUUGACGUGGUGGCAAGGCGGUAUCGUCCUCAUCGCAGAGACAGUAUCCCUCGGCAUCCUCUCCCUCCCCUCCGUCCUCGCCACCGUCGGUCUCGUCCCCGGCAUAGUCCUCAUUCUCGUAAUGGGCUUCCUCUCCACAUAUUCCGGCCUCGUCCUCGCUGAAUUCCGCGCCCAAUACCCUUUCGUUCAAAACUUUGGCGACGCCGUCGAAGUCAUUGGAAAAUCCAUCGGAAUGGGUCGCGUGUUCCAAGAGGUUUUUGGCUGGGCGCAGGUUAUUUUCCAGGUCUUCGUCAUGGGAAGCCAUCUUCUGACGUGGACUAUUUGCCUGAACACCCUUACGAAUAGCUCGACUUGCACUAUCGUCUGGGCUGUUGUGGGGUUGGCGGUUUUCUGGGUUCUCAACCUACCGCGUACGCUGAAGUACACGAGUUACAUGUCUAUGGCAUCGUGCAUGUCGAUCACGCUCGCUGUUCUCAUCACUGUCGGAGAUGUUGCGCAUGAGCGACCUAUUGGUUCUGGAAGCAUCGAGGUUGCUCGUGAGCUCGGUUUCACUGGCGCUUUCUUGGCUGUCACCAACAUUGCCAUCUCCUUCUCCAGCCACUCUUGCUUCUUCACUGUCAUCUCUGAGUUCAAGAAGCCCGAAGAUUGGCCCAAGGCUCUGGCUUUCCUCCAGAUCGUCGACACUACUCUCUACCUACUCGCUGCUAUCGUCAUCUACGUCUUCGUCGGACCUGAUGUUCCUUCGCCUGCUUUGUCUGCUGCUGGCUCUCAUACUAUGCGAAAGGUCAUCUGGGGUAUCGCCAUUCCCACUAUCGUCAUUGCUGGUGUUAUUUACGGUCACGUCGCUUCAGCCUACAUCUUCCAGCGAAUCUUCCGAAACACCAAGCACAUGGUCCGCCGAACAAAGCUGUCUACCAUGGUCUGGUUCGGUGUCACUUUCGGUAUCUGGGCUCUCUCCAUGGUCAUCGCCGAAUCCAUUCCUGUCUUUAACAAUCUUCUUGGUCUUAUCUGUGCCCUCUUCGCCUCCUGGUUCUCUUACGGACUCCCUGGUAUCUUCUGGCUUUGGAUGCACUACGGAAACUGGUUCAAGGAUGGAAAGCAGACUUGCCGAUUUGUGGCCAACGUCAUCCUCUUCCUUACUGGCUUCCUUAUCUGUGUUCUUGGACUCUGGGCUUCUAUUGAAGCCAUCGCUGAGGGAGGAAGCAAAACUCCAUGGUCUUGCGCCAGCAACGCCGCGGAAUAG